AUGCUGGUCCUGGAUCCAGGCCGCGGAUUGUGGGGGUGGGGCAGCAGCUUGUCCCCUUCCCCCAGUUUCCACAAUACUGGUCAACGUGGCCAGAGCUGUCUACCUGUACAGCUUCAGCUGAGUAAACGUGUCUCGAGUUUUUUAUUCCUCUCAGUCAUGAGGAAUGGAAGCAUCAGUUUAGCAGAGGAAAUGUUUGGGACUAAAAAGAGGGGAAAAAAAAAAUCUAAGCCUGUUCCAAGAAAUGAAGUAAAAGCCACCGCGUACCGUGACAACCUUGUUCCAGUACCCUUUCUGGGAUAUGAACUCAUCCCAAUUAUAAUGAAACUGGCAUGGUAG